AACUGCUGGGACUCGACCCGCUCGUGCAAGGUCCUCACGCCUACGCACCGGUUUUGAAGGCAGAACAGUGAGGUCAUAGGAAGGUUACUCCGACCAAAUCACAAAGUAGAGUUCACUUCUGUUGGGAAAACUGUGGAGUUCAUGGACCAGGUCAGAUUCUGUUUGAUGUGUAGUCUAUGUCAAAGCAUAGAAGAGGCCUUUAGCACGUUCCUGAUCAAUCAUCGGACAUUUGUGGAUUAGUGCAUCGAAAAGGGCAGAAGGGUCCAACGUGUUACUUAAGUUGUGUUUGUAGCAUGAAAUGAAGUUUGAGUAGCCCAACACUGGAUUUACAACAGGAUUACCUGAUCUAGAUCAAGGAUUUUCUCUGGAUUACAGAGACUUUAAUCAAUUAGAACUAGGGUCAGGACAAGACACCUGACUACGAGGAUAAAAGUCACGUUUACCAUUGUUGGACGAUGAAUCUUAUGUAGCGGGUAAUCCACGGGACAUUUCAACGCUACUACUGAACCAUUAUUCACGAUGUCGCUGAGCAAGACCCUCGAGCUGGAGCACUUUGAGGAACGAGACAAGGUUCGCCGGGGUCGCUCCACCCGGGCCAAGAGAGAUGACUCCACAAGCAGCGCUGGUGGUGGGGGGUCUGGCCCCAGCUCCAGGGGCAGCAGCCUGGUUCCUAGCCCUGCCCACAGCGCCAACUGCAGCUAUUACCGGACCCGAACCCUGCAGGCGCUCACCUCGGAGAAAAGGGCCAAGAAGGUCCGGUUCUACCGCAACGGAGACCGGUACUUCAAGGGUCUGGUGUACGCCGUCUCCAGUGAUCGGUUCCGCUCCUACGACGCCCUGCUGAUGGAGCUGACGCGCUCAUUGGCGGAUAACCUGCAUUUGCCACAAGGGGUUCGCGCAAUCUACACGAUAGACGGCAGCAAAAAGAUCACCAGUAUGGACGAGCUGGUGGAAGGCGAGUGCUACAUUUGUGCGUCCAACGAGCCGUACCGGAAGGUCGACUACAACAAGAUCUCCGUCCCCAACUGGAAGCCCGGAGCCGCGGCCGGCCCGGCCAGCUCCACCCGGUCCACCACGGUGUCCACUGGUGUGUCUGCCAGCGCCGCCGCCGCCGCCACCAUCCCCAGAGAGCGGCCUGAGGGUCGAGAGGGCAGGGAGAGCAAGGACUUCAUCAAGCCCAAGCUGGUGACGGUGAUCCGCAGCGGCGUGAAGCCCCGCAAGGCCGUGAGGAUCCUGCUGAACAAGAAGACGGCUCACUCCUUCGAACAGGUGCUGGCCGACAUCACCGAGGCCAUCAAGCUGGACUCUGGAGCCGUGAAGAGGUUGUACACGCUGGACGGAAAACAGCUGACCUGUCUGCAGGACUUCUUCGGGGAUGACGACGUGUUCAUGGCAUGCGGCCCGGAGAAGUUCCGUUACGCUCAGGACGACUUUGUGCUCACACACACCACCAAGACGCAGACGUUUGUUAAUGAAUGCCGAGUCAAAGCGUCUCGCCCUGCUGCUCCUCAGAAGGCUGCACCUCCCAAGACUCCCAGCAGCUCCGGGCUCUCCUCGUCCAGGACCAGAACCAAGUCUCCUGGUCCGGCCAAUGAGCCCUCAGGGAAGUCAUCCAGGUCCAGCCCCUCGCCCACCAGCCCGCGGCCUCAACGCAGCCUCAAGAUCUCUGCUCGUCGAUCGUCCUCCACUGACGUCAACGGGGAGUCCGAGCAGCCGGAGGACGACAUUGUCGAGGUUAACGGGAAUCGAACGGUUUCUUCCUCCAACAUCAACGACAAGUACCAAGUCGGGAAAGUGAUCGGAGAUGGAAACUUCGCUGUGGUGAAGGAUUGUGUGGAGAGGUCCACGGGAAAGGAAUACGCCCUGAAGAUCAUCGACAAGGCUCGAUGCUGUGGGAAGGAGCACCUGAUAGAGAACGAGGUGGCGGUCCUGCGGAGGGUCAGACAUCCGAGCAUCAUCGAGUUAAUCGAGGUGGAGGAAACGCCGUCUCAGCUGUUCCUCGUCAUGGAGCUCGUCAAGGGCGGCGACCUGUUCGACGCCAUCACCUCCUCCACUAAGUACAGUGAGCGGGACGCCAGCGCCAUGGUGUUCAACCUGGCCGGAGCCGUCAAGUACCUGCACCGCAUGAACAUCGUCCACCGCGACAUCAAGCCGGAGAACCUGCUGGUGUGUGAGUAUCCAGACGGCACCAAGUCCCUGAAGCUGGGGGACUUUGGUUUGGCGACGGUGGUGGAGGGGCCGCUCUACACCGUGUGUGGGACGCCGACGUACGUGGCCCCAGAGAUCAUCGCAGAGACCGGUUAUGGUCUCAAAGUCGACAUCUGGGCGGCUGGAGUCAUCACCUACAUCCUGUUGUGUGGAUUCCCUCCAUUCAGAAGUGAGAACAACGUGCAGGAGGAGCUGUUCGAUCAGAUCCUCAGAGGGAAGCUGGAGUUCCCAUCUCCGGACUGGGACGCCAUCAGUCUGCCUGCGAAGAUGCUGAUUAGUCAGAUGCUGCAGGUGAACGUAGACACUCGUUUCACUGCCGAGGAAGUUUUGUUACACUGCUGGGUGACGGACGAAGCUCCCGUCGACUCCAACGCUGUGAGCAGCACUGAAGACCAGACCAGUGAAGACGCACUGGAACCAGAGCAGGAAUUACCAAUUCUGGAAUCCAAACAAGUUCCUUCACCCAUGGUCUAAAACUCACCUCUUGAAAGUUCACCACCUUGUUUUCCUCAAAACCACAAAAUGUCUGGAAUAACAUUUUCUGGAAACUAAAUUAGUCUUCCAGAAUUCCAUCAACACUGCUCCGGAACAUAGGAAUUAGCUCCUUCAAAUCAGUCUCAUAUGUUCCCUCAUCGUAUUUUAUCUUCUGGAUACCAAACAAGGUCCCACACUGGUGAUCUACAUCUAGUUCCAUUUCAUGUACUAGAAAUGAUCUCCAUCCAAUCGGCUCUAGAACAUGUCUCUCCAAAGGAAACUCCACCUGCUCUCAGUGGAGCAGAUCUACUUCACCCACUGGAAACCAAGCAAUUUCCUUGAAAUCUGGUCUAGAAUACACCCUGUUUUAUCUUCUGGAAACAAAGUGAUUUCUCCACAUAUUUGGUCGACUAGUGAUCGUGAUCCAUGAAACCAAAACAUUCCUUCAUCCUGGUGUGAACACCCUUUGAUCAGCUGUAGAAGAGCAAUAUCUCUUUCCUUUUCAUAUACUAGAAAUGAGCUCCUUAAAAUUAGGUCUUAAACUCUGGAGACUAAGCAGGUUAUCCUCAUCCUUCUGGUCUAGAAGCGGUCCUAUCUCACCCAAGGGACCAGAACCACUACCAAGUAAGCUCUAGACUAGAACACAAGUCCUUGUUCAUUCGCUUGAGACCUUCACCCACUUCUAAGAACGUUUUUUCAGUCUUGAUUUACUGGAAACCAAAAGUGUUCCUCAACCUCCAGUUUGGAAUUGAUUUAAAAAACCAAAAGGAUAUUCACUCUACUUGCUGGACUGCUCAACUGGAAACAGGUUCUUUAGUAUUAUAUCCAAUCCAUCAUUGGAGACUUUCCUCAGCUGUGAUCUAGAACAGUAUUUAAUCUACGUCUCUGCUGCUGUACUGGAAAGUAUUUACAUCCUCGUGGAUAAGCUCCAUUAGACCUCGACCACUGCUGCUGGAAGGACAGACACCACAUCAACCGUGGAACACCGUGAAGGUGCUAUUGGACCGUUCCACCCCCCCCCCCCCCCCCCCCCGAUGUCUUAUGGGACUGAACCUCUGGUCUGACUGACAGUGGACUCCGAGGCUCUGAGAUAAACUCCAGUGUUUGACUUACAUAAACUCUCCCUGUGGUUUCGGGACCUUGUUCUUAGUCCCUGCCUCUCGGAGACCAGGACGUCUUCCAUUUAUUCUGGGAAACGUCCCCCGUCCCUCCUGCCUUGUCCCUCCGGCCUUGUCUCUCCUGCUCUCCUUCCGCUGGCCUGAAGGACGUUUCUCAUUUCUUCUACUUGCUGCCCAACUGUCCAGGAAGAAACUCAAGUACUGUGCCUGUUUACGCUGCUGAUGAAUUCCUCUUAAUAUCCGAAAUGCUCUUUCCUCCACAGGUCCUCAGAAACUAGCACUGGUUAAUUACUGUACUGAAACACAAGGCUCAUUGUUUUCUCAUAUAUGGAAGAUUAUUAGAUAAAAGAUAAGGGGGGGGGGGGGAUGUUUCAUAAUGUCUCUAAACUGGAAUUUUGGUGGAUUUUAAGCUUUUUGGGAAUCGGAAUCUUUUUAUGAAAAAUAUUUGAGUGGACAGUUUAAUGAAUUUGAUGAAAAGAAAUAAAAACUCAAAACAAUGAGCCUCACAAACUUACUGCAACGACCUUGUGAGGUUGCGAUCUUUCGUGCGACUGAGCUAAAGGGAGCGUUCCAGACCAGACCUCCAGUUCACGGAGGAUAAAAUAUGUUGUAAAUGUUGUAAAUAUCACUCGUCUGUUGAUGUCUGUCUGUGUGAGUCAGUCGUGAAUUAGGGAAAUAGUAGCAGCUUGAAAAAAAAAAUCAACAAACAAGUUUUAAAAUAAAUAAUCAUAAGACGCGAUGUGUCAGCACCCAGAAUAAACCUUGUUUUCCCAGACACUGUAUAUUUAAUGGUUUUCCACUUUGAACCUGAGACAUUUUCACACAGUAAAAUGUAUUUUAAUAAUAGUUAUUGAUUCAAAUAAACAAAGUUAAAGACAGAAUAAAAGAUUCAAGGUUUCUGACGGGUGUUGACAAACUGUGAUGAAAGAGUUUUUUACCUGAAAGUUGAGUUUGGUUAGAGCGACGGAUUCUCUCUCUUUACACGGUGACAUCGUGGGUCAUCCACCAAUCACAUCGCUCCAUCCGCACGUCAUCAUUCAUGCCGUCUGUUGAUGUUACUGGUCAGUGUGGAUGAAGGAAAGGCGUGUGUGUGUGUGUGUGUAAAUAAGUGUGAGUGUGUAUUUGAUCUGUUAUUGUGUUUGCAUUAAUGAAGGGGGGGGGGUCAUUUAAAAAAAAAAAAAGGGUGUCAGUCGUCGUGUGGAUGAAUGACCUGAUGCUGUGACCUCACCGUGACCUUUCCAUGGCCUUUACCAAGUUCUGAUUGGUGGCUCGGCCUUUGACCUUCUAUGCCUGCUAUGAACCCAGUAGUCUUAAUUAUUUUUCUCUUUGCUUUAAACCAAACCAAACGGAGCCUUGUGUCGAUUCUGUUGCGUUGCAGCCACACCUGGGUCAUCCACGCUCCCGACCACUCUCCGAUGUAAAGCUGCUCGUAUUCUGUUCACAUGCUACGUAGUUUUCUAACUCACACUGCAGAGUCAAACCUGUCUGGCUCCAGUCGAAAAUGAAGCCGACGCUUGUCUCACAUUGAGAACAAGAGAGAAAACGUGUUGCCUUGACCAAAUGUGCCAAUUUGCACUGAGGGAAGAAGAAGGUGCAGAGUUUGGCUGAAACCGACUAAUUGCUCGUUACUGCCCCCUGUCCACUGCAGGAUGAAUGACACACGACAAAGCUCACUUGUGUUUUUGUUCAUGUUUAGGAAGCAUCUUGUUGGUUUCGAGCAAAUCUACGAAACCCAGAAGAGAACCAGGUUUGGUUCGGUCGACUAUGACCGAGGAGAUUUCAGUGAUUUGACCCAGGGUGGCUGUAGCUGUGAGGCCCUUUGUGUGUGUGUUUAAAAUCAAAUGCAAUGUGUGUGUGUGUGUGAUCAUUUCACCUCAUGCCUCAUUUUAGACAGAAACUUUUUUAUGGUAGAAGAACUAGAUUAAUGAACCAAACGGGGCUGGUUUUCCAAAAGGAGUCUGCAGUUGAUCUUCAGGAUUUAUGCUGAAUUAUUUCCAAGCAAGUUUUAAAACACAACCCUCUGAACUUAUCUAAUUUGAAAGACAAUCAUUUCUUUGUAAUGAGCAGAAGGUUCAUGUUAAACCUUCAACCUGGUAGAUAGAAAUCUGAAUUAAGAAUCAUUCAACAUUUGCUGUAAUUGACCUUAAGACAUUUCUGUUAAACUAAUUAAAGACUCAAAGUGAUUUUCUUCCUGUGGGACGCUUUUAGGAAAACUAGUCCCGGCUCAAAGUGGAAGGAGACGUGAGAGCAGCAGUGUUUUGAAGGCAUGUUGUAGACAUGUUUUGAUGAUGUGUAAUGUCGAUGUGUGUUGAUAUGAAACCUGUAUGUUUGUUGGGAUCGGGGGCGUUUGGAGGAAACACAAACCCUGAUCUGUAUCAAGGAAAGAUGAAUUGGACUGUGAAAAUAAAACUGAUG